AUGAACGUAUCAAGAACAAGCAGUUUAUUCAAACAAGUUGAACGAACUCUCGGACGAAGGAAUGUCAACAGCAAUUCUCUCAUCAUGAUCAUGAAUAAUGUAAAGAAGAAUCAAAUUCGGUCGUUUGCUGCUUUCAAUGCCUCCGGAGCUUCAUCAAAUAUUUCAAAUUUACCGUCCUACGUUAAAAUUGUAGAAGUUGGACCAAGAGAUGGUCUGCAAAAUGAAAAGAAACUCGUACCAACCAACGUCAAGAUUGCUUUGAUUAACAAAUUAUCGGAGGCUGGUUGUCCUUCGGUUGAAGUAACCAGUUUUGUGUCACCAAAAUGGGUUCCUCAAAUGGGAGACAAUUUCGAUGUUUACACAGGAAUAACGAAAAAAGAAAGCACAUCGUAUCCAGUCCUCACACCCAACGUGAAAGGUCUCGAACAAGCUUUAGAGGCCGGAGUUAAAGAAGUAGCAAUAUUCCUUGCCGCAAGUGAUGCUUUCAGUAUGAAAAAUAUUAACUGUACAGUGGAAGAAUCAUUCAACAGAUAUAAUCAAGUGAUGGAGUUAGCAACAAAACAUAAUUUAAAAAUUAGAGGAUAUGUGAGUUGUGUGGCUGGUUGCCCAUACUCUGGAUACGUCGCACCAGAAGUGGUAGCAAAUGUGAGUUACCGAUUAUUGAAGAUGGGAUGCUAUGAAGUUUCUCUUGGUGACACGAUUGGAGUUGGAACGCCAGGAAGCGUCUCUCAUUUAUUACAUCAAGUUUGUAAAAAGAUCCCAACUGGGCAAGUUGCUGUACACUUCCAUAACACUUACGGACAAGCUUUAGCAAAUAUUCUGACAUCACUUCAGUUUGGUGUGGAAACUGUGGAUUCAUCGGUGGCUGGUCUCGGUGGUUGUCCUUAUGCUCGAGGCGCCUCUGGGAAUAUCAGUACGGAAGAUGUUGUGUACAUGCUUCAAGGUAUGGGAAUUGAAACAGGCAUUGAUCUUGACAAACUGAUCGAUGCAGGAGAUUAUAUUUCGACCUAUUUGAACAGAGACAACAACUCAAUGGUAGCUAAAGCAAUACUAGCCAAGAGAGAAAAAGCAGAAACUGUCAACAAGACUCCUUCAGAGACCUCCACCACCACUCAAACCACUUCCGCCUUCCAAUCUUCCCAAGCUCCACCAACCAAGAAACAAGAAUCGCAAAUUAUUAUAACAGAAAAUACGCCAACAGAACGAAAAUUAUCUGCCUGUAUUUAA